AUAAAGGUAAAGGGAAAAAGUAAAAGGUAGAUGAGGAAGUAAAAUUAUGCGUACUCUGCUAGGAUUAUGCAUCUCAAACACUUUAAAACUUCCUGGAUCAAUAAAGCUUUACAGUCCUGAUAAUGUUCGUUUUUUAAUUUGAUAUUUUAUUUUUUCCAUUUGGAUUGAUCGUUGUAAAAAUGUCAUCAUAUCACUAUGCAGUAAGGCGCUUUCUGUCAGGUAAUAUUAAUGGUCAAACUACUUGACUUAUUAAAGUUGAUUACACUUACUUGUCUUAGUUUAGAUUGUUAAUUUUACUGUCACACUGUGUUUUACAUAGCGGCAGUCCCGAGCCUAAGCAGUAGUAAGCAGCCAAAGCCACUAAACCCAGUUUAAUGUCUUUAGUACUUAGUAAAAGUAAAGUUAAUUAAACUUUAAAUGUAUCCCAGCCUAGAGCCCUUAGGCCUUAGACUCUAAGUCUAAGUCUAAACCUAACCUGAACCCUAAAGAUAAAUGAAAAUGUAUCCCUCAAACCUAUAACCUGAAACCUAAAUUUCAAUGUAUCCCACUAAUGGCACCAAUUCUCUGCAUUAGCUGAAAAUUAACUUUCAUCACAUCAGUCAUUAUCUUUAAUUUUAAUGAUGCAGUGUCAUAGUUUUAGUAUACUUAUUUUAUAGACAUCAUUCUCAUCACUGAUCUCUCAGACACUCACAUUUAGUUAACUUUAAAAAAAAAUUGCACAAGAAGUAUUGCGAGCCUGUACUAAGUAAUUUAACUUUAUCUAAGUAUGCAGUCUUUAACUUUUUGUCCUUACCGGUACUUCUAGAUUUAAUGUUAUACUCUUGUCCUUGUUAAAACUGAAAACUAUUAAUUUAAAAAUCAUUUAAUACCUUGGGAGGAAGAUAUAGGGUAAGUUUCACACUUUUGUGGCAAAGUACUUGUAAAGAGCAUUUCUUAGUAUUUAUUGGAAUGAUGGUGGUGGUGAUGUAAUGUUAAACCAUGAUUUAUUUUUAAAGUUAACCACUUUUUUUCCCCCCCAUAUACUGAAAUACAAAUAUAUUUAUUAAUUAUUGUAAGUUUUAUCCUAUUAUUGUGAAUCUUAAUAGGCAUUAAAAAAAAGGGUAGCUAAUUUAAAAUCAAUUUAAAAUGCCAGCGGACGUCAGCAACCCGGCACGGAUUGAUUUCUUAACAAAAAAACGAUAAAUAAAAAAGACAUUGAAAUAACGCAAAUCCUGUCCCAAGCAAGCGCAUUUUGCAAUGGUUUCUGUGAGACAAUGUCAUGUUUUAUACCACGAGAAUAGCACAUGCCGACAUGCCAUGCGAUUCUGGAAACAAAUUCUAUCAUGAACAGGAUAAGCGCAGACCUAUGACUUUGUUAUACAGUUUGCUACCGUGGUGUAAGUUUCUAAAAUCAUGGUGUUUUCAAAAGACUUGGUGUGAAACUGAGGGUUGGGAAUGAAUCGUGGAUAUUGUGUGUAAUUUUUGCCAAUGCAUUUGUGAAAGCAUGAUGGUUGAAAUACGACCAUGCACAUUAAUAGCCAUUUGAUAUACUGGUAUUUUAUUUGGUUGUUCAUAAAUGUAAAACUUAAAUAUCCAACUACAUGAAGAAUGUUGAAAUACAAUAAAAUAUUACUUAGUAUUUAAAAUGGUUCCCUUAUACAUGUUACGUUAACUAUACACACGCUUUCAGUUUGUUUUCUAAUGUCUUAUUACCGGUGUUUUCAAAGUAAAAAAGGCAAGCACAACUUGUUAAAACACUUAAUAAUCUAAAUAUAACAUAUAUUUAAAAUGUUAAAAUUGUUACAAAAUAUUUAAAAACUAAUCAUGAAACUACUAUUGCAAAUAAUAAUAAAUAUAUUUAAAUAUAAAUUAUUUUUAAUUAAAAUGGUAAAAAAUGUAUUAAAGCUCAUUCCCCUACUGUUGACUGGGAAUUGAUCACAAAACAUAAUAUCACCAAGCGUCUACUCUACCACAAGGCCACACAAGAUUUUAUCUAACAGGCAUAUCUUACAACCAGGCCAAUGGCACAUUUUUGCAGCGAUGUUUGCAGGCCAAAGUCCAUGGUUUUGCUAGGUACACCACCAUGGUGUAUGCAGGCCUAGGUCCAUGGUUUUGAAAGGUACACCGCUGCGGUGCAUGCAACUACUUUAUUAAAUAAAAUAUGGACACAACAACCAAAAAUUAAAUUGCAUAAAAUUGUCAUAUGUGCCCCGUCAGCACCCACUUCGUGGCCUGCGAGGUAACGAAAAACUAUUCAUUCUUAUUAUUUUCUUAAUAGCUUUCCCCCUGUUCUAUUUUUUUUUGGCCCGCACAAGUUUUUCAUAAGAAUUACGUCCAGCCUCACAUUUUGAGAUGUUGUAGAUUGAGACACAUGACACUGGUGGCACUCAUGGCUUAGGACUUAGGAACAUGUUAUGUUGUCUGUUCAUUUUAAUAGAAAUUUUGUGGAAUUUUAUUGUGUUUACAGCUAUUUUCAUUGUCCUGGUUAGUGUCACAUGACGGACAAACAUUAAAACUAAAAGACUGUUAUUUAUAAAGUAUAGUGAAAUAAAUAUAAUUCUGUAAAAGAAUUGACAUUUUUGCUCUAAUUUUAAUUGCUUGCAUUCAAACACAUUAUUUUAAUUACAAAGUCAUGUUAUGUCAGUUACAUUUUUUACGGUGACCAGAUUCAACUAUAGACUAUCUUAGACUAUAGACCAGGCCUGCAUAACUCAAAAUGUAUGGCGGGCCGUAAUACUUUAUGAAAACCUUGUGCGGGCCAUAAUACGUUAUGAAAAACUUGUGCAGGCCGAAAGAUAAUAGAACGGGGUGGGGGGGGGGGCUAUUAAGAAAAUAAAAAUAAUAUAGAAUGUUUCGUUACUUCGCGGGCCGCCAAGGGGGUGCUUGCGGGUCACAUGCGGCCCGCAUGUUGUGCAGGCCUGCUAUAGACUAUAGCUUAACUAAUUAUAAGACUGAGCCCUAAUGACACACUGUACUGUCUAUAUAAAUCUACUAAAUAUUGACAUAUUUUAGUAUUUAUUUGAAUUUAAGUUACUAUUAUUAUUAUUAUUAAAAACUUUAAAAACAAACAAAACAUUACUGUUUUAGUUUUAGAAGUUAUAGUUAAAGGUAACCUAUUCUUUUUAAUAUGUCCAAUUACUUAUGCCUGAUUAUAUACUUUAGUUUAUAGAGUUUAGGCCUUAUACAUUUUGAUCUAAAUGGUAACUUGAAAUCAGUUGGAAAUCAAGAGUUGAAGUUUGAAGAACAGAUGGACUGCAAAACAUACUGCCUUUGAUUCUUUGAUAGUGGCAGACCUCUAGUAGUAUAUUAUACUUAGGCCUGUAGGCCUAUAAUUUAUUAAUUUACUUUUAAUUUUUUAAAGUAAGUGUAGUCCUAAAAUAUAAUUAGCAUAUGCUUAAGUAAAAAAAAAUCUAGUCAAUAGAAGUAAAGUAGGACCAUAUAGUAGUAAUCAACCUAAUGUUUCUACUAAAUAAUUAGGCCUAAUAGUAAGCCCAUGUAUUAUUUUACCUUGUCUAGGGCAACUAUUUAGGUAAAUGAUUUAGAUCUGGGCCUAUGACAUGUCAUGAAAUUUUCACAUACACCUGUGUCUUGGGUAUAUGGAAAAAUUUCAAAACUACAUACAAUCAUAGGCUAUGAUUGUCCUGUUUGUAAAUUUGCAGACGUCAUAUUAUUUGAUUAUUGUUCCAAGUUAGAGUCAAACUCUAGAAAUUUAGAGUCUAGGACUCAUUAUAAUAAUUCUUUACAGUACUAAUUGUGGAGUAGUAAAAUUUAUAAGUGCUAUUUAAAUACAUUAAAAAAAAUAAAUUCAUUGCAGAGGUAAAUAAGUUCAUCAAUGGCACAUUAAGAUCCGAAAGUUUGAGUAAACCAGCUCAGAAAGAGAGAGAUAAAAUUAUUGACCUUCUGCUAAGGUUGUAUGCUGAUUAUGACAGCUUGUCACCCAGUGGAGAUGAAGGAAGUGCCUCUAGUACUAGAGAUACAGUAGCAAAUACACCUGCUGCAGGUGAGUGCAAUUUAAAUUUAAUCUGUAACCUUUGUUUAUUCUGUGCCUGUAAAUUUUUUUCCUAAUCUAUGACUAUGCAUUGAAUAAAGCAAGGUAAUUUAUACCCGCAAAAAUUACUUACAGCCCUAAGUAAUUGUUAAUAGAAUGUAAUUAAUCUUUCAAGGUGAUUUAAAAUGUGACAAAUAUAUUAAAACAAAUUUGGCGCUAGUAAUAACUUUGAUUGCUAAGGCUAAGUGCUUAUUGGCUGAAUUAUUGAACUUUUCAGCUUUGUGUCCGCAAAAUAAAUGUAGAGUUUUGAAAUAUUUUGAAAGCUCAAGUUGUUCCUAUAAACUUCUGAAGAAAAAAAUAUACGUUUUGAAAAUAUAAAAAUCAAAUAAUAUCUAAACAUGAAAAAUGUUGUCAUUAAAAUAUUUUCAUAAGUCACAAGUAUGUUAUUAUAAUUAUUUAAAUUGUCCCAAGUAGACACACAAUAUUUUCACAUGUGAACUGUUAUUUUGGUAUAUUUGUAUUUGAUUCAAUAGUUGAAAAAUAAUAAUUUGUGUACCCAUAAAACUUCCCCAAGAUCUUUAGGGAAGGUAAAGCUUGUAUUUUGAUUAAAAAAAAAAAAGCCUGAUUUCGGAAAUAUUUACAUUUUUUUAAAAACAAUGCUAGAACUUUAGUAGAACAAUUAUACAUUAAUUAGUAUUAAUAGCACAUACUUAGAUCAGUAUUUGUAUUUUUACUUAUAAUUCAUUCAUGUUAUCCUCAUUUGCAGCAACAGACAUUUGAGGAAAUGGUCAAGGAGCAUCACUCCAUAUUUCUUAUUUGCAUUACAGUAGAUACUUGUUCUUAAGCCCAUUUCUUUUUAGCACCCUCUCCCCAUCCCUCAGUUUUUGCUCAGAAAAGCCUGAAAAGUAUGUAAGCCAUUCAUAAGCUAACCUCAUAAAAUAAAAUGCCACUACGGUACUAUAGAAUACCUAGGAUGAGAUUAUACUGUUGCUUUAAGCAACUGAUUUAUGUUAUGUGGAAUAAAAUUGCUGAAGUGGGUGAAUUAAUUUUUUUGUUGAAAUCAAAAUCAUUAAAACAUCAUAUUAUCACUUUUAAAGAAGAAAAUCAAUCAAAUAAAAAAUUAAUAUAAGUGUAGAUAUUUAUUAAUUUUUAAAGCUUCUGAUAAAGUGGUAUACAAAUCUUAUACACCUUACAUUAGACCAGGACCUAUGUCAGGGGUUGGGAACCUAUGGAGCCAGAUGUGGCUCUAUUGAUGGCUGCAUCUGGCUCGCAGACAAAUGUUCUAUUUUAAAAAAAAGUCACAUUAAUGUUAAGAAAUACUCAUUGAUUAGCAGCAGCAUAAGAAUGUUAUUAAAAAGAAUUCAGAGACAUAAUUAUUGCAUGUUUAGUGUUGAAAUUUCAGAAAAUGCACACAUUUACUUGAAUUUUUAGUUUUAAACAUAAUGUAUGGCUCUCACAGAAUGAAUUUUCAAAAUAUGUGGUGUCCAUGGCUCUCUUGGACAAAAAAGUUUCCCGACCAAUGUUCCCUUUAAGCUACGUGGCUGCGCGGCUGCGCAGCUAUCUCACAGAUGCCGCGCAGCAGUUUUUAGUAUCCACGCAGCCAAUUUCUAUGUAAUUGUAUGUUUGUGGGCUGUAAAAUUUUGCACACAAAAAAUAAUAGAUGCUGUUAAACUUUGCACACAAACUUAUGAUUUAGCACACGAACCAACAAACCUUAGAGGGAACAUUGUUUCCGACCCCUGAGGUAGGUGAUCUAUAACAGCAAUUUAAUUAUUUCAUGUACCGGGAUAUAAUUAUAAAAAUCUCAUAUGAACCGCUCAUAAGUCGACCAUGCAAAUAUUUUGUUAAAAAGUUGGCUCUAGAACAGGUACAUACAGUAACUGCAUUUUGGAAUUUAGGAAUUAAAAUUGCAAUAAAAAUUGAAGAUAGUUUUGUGGAUAAUUACAAACAUUGUAAGAUAUUAUCGUUAAUGCUUUAGUAAAGAAAAUAAAUUGAGUACUGACUGAACAGCUUGCUUUUCACAUGCAUUUGAUAAAAUAAAUAAUUCAAGCAUUUGAUACAUUUCUAUUACAUUUUAAUUUUUUAACAGAUGAGUCUCGAAACACAACGGAAAGCAAUCAAGCAAGUGAAGAAGAUAACUAUUCUGACAGUGAGUCAAAUUUUUUUAAAAACAUAUUUAAGUUGAAAACAUCAAAUUCAGCGUUUUGAGAAAAAAAGAUUUUCAAAAUGACACAUAAAUUAGGCAUAAUAGUAAAAAUCAUCCUAAAAAUCGUAUAGCUAAUUUUUUGCUGAAAAAAAAAUAAUUUUAAAUCAAAACACUAGACAUGGCAGGGGAAGAUAUGACUAUCUAUUAUAUACUUUUUACUAUUAAAUAAGAAAUAUAUUUUCUUGUUCAUCAUUCAUGAAAUUAAAAUAAGUGUCACAGAUAAAAAAACAACACCACCAAAACGAUUUGGAAAUUGGGGCCUAAUUUUUUUAAUUUCCUUCUCACCCCUUAAAGUCAUGGAAGUAUGUAUAUAAUGUGUAAUGAUAUGUUGUUUUGUAACUUUCAGAAUCAGAAUACAUUAAUUAAUAAAUUAUACAUAAACUGUAGUCAAAAUUUCAACUAACAUAUCCUGAAUCAUUUUUCUCAGACAUCCCUGACACAACAAUCAAGGCUCUAAACAACCCAGUUAAGAUUGGAUAUUUGGAGAAAAAAGCAAGUAAGUCAAAUCAUUAUUUGUAUUUUCAGCGGAUCCUUAAAGAUCUUAUAGUGCUCCCUAUUUAUAGCAAUGGGGAAAAAGUCUGGCAUUUUGGUCAUCUCCCUUUUGAUGAGAAUAUAAUACAUUCAAAGACAAUUUGUUUUUUCAUUGUAAACAAUUAAUGAUGCUUUUAAUGAUAUUAAUAAUUUAUUUUUCAUUUACAAAAGGACUCGUGACUGAGAAGCAGAGCUGAAAUUAAAAAGAAUUUAAAUAAAAUAUGACCACAGAUCAUGCACAGGGAAAGACCUCUGCAAACUAUUUGAUACUUGAAUGGAAAAACGUUUACUUUAAAAUCUAGUUUGUGCACAAUAGUAUAUUUUAAAGAUAUUUUUCACAAUUGGAAAGACUUAUUCAUAACCAAUUAAUAAAUCUUAAAUAGCUAUAAAAUUUGUCUCACAACUGAAACUUUGUUUUGACAGAUCUGCUGGGGGUCGGAGCUUUAGUCACCUGGAAGAAAUGUUACUGUGUCCUGCACAAAAAUAUUUUGUACUCAUUCAAAAAGCCAGAUGCCAAAAAACAGGAUAGUGCAAUUUUUAUAACAGGUAUGGCUUCAGCUAAAUUCAAUAACUUGAAGCAGAUAACAUAACAUUGUUAUAUUUUUUUAGUAGGAGACACUGUGAUAGAUUGUGAGAAAUUCUCAAAUAUGAGCACUGAAAAAGGCCAUAGAUUAAUACAGAUUUCAUCACUGACUUUUAAAAAAUGAGAUAAUUCUUUAAAUUCAUGCCAAUGUAUAAAACUUCAAUUUAAAAUUCAAAUAUUUUAUUUCAAUAGAAAAUAUAUUUAUUGCCUUUAAAGGUCUUGAUUCUUGCAAUUUCUUAAAAUAUAAGCAGUUGUACCGGUAUCCAUUUUAGAGGUGCAUAUCUUUGUCUUCCUGUAUAUUUCUUUGCUUCCUGUAGGUUAUGAGUUUAGAGAAGCACCACAGCUCUUAAAGGAUGCAUCAAAGAAAGAUGGCUGCUUUGAGCUUGUUUGUCCUGGCAAGAAAUCCUAUCAGGUUUGCUUGUUUGGAUAGACUUGUUUGUUUUAUUGUAAAUUUGAAUUCUGCAUUGUAAAUCCAAUAAUAAUACAAUUUCACAUCUAAAUGCAAAAAGUUAAUUUAAAUCUUUGACUCCCUGGACCCAACUGUUACAGCUUGCUGAUUAUCCCUUUCUGUCCCUUAAGUCAACUGUACUGGCUGAUUUUUUAAUAAUAAUUUUAUAAAAAGCAGAAGGGGUGCAAAGAUUUGGUUUCACCUUGCCAUGUCUGGUGAGCGCCAUUUUUAUUUUUUUAUUCAGUAAGCUGUUUUAUGUUUACAGCCCUUUUUCGUUUAAUUUGAUUGAAUUCUUUAGGGCCUAUUAGCUGAUUCCUUACUAAGAUUUAGCCCAGGAACAUGCCUUCAUCAUAAACUUACUGCUAGUAAGGCUCUAGAAUCAUUUGAAAUAAUGCAUUAUGAUAAAAUAAAUUUGAUCUACAUCUCAGGCUUCUAAGUAAGAAACACGACAAUCACAGGUUGAAAAUUGGUGUAAAUGUAUUAUUAUGAGCCUCCAGAAAGGGGGCAUGCACUGUACUACAAGUGGAACACAUUUACAGCAAGUGUAAAAGGAUUAUUCAUACAACUUUGCUAAAACUACUGAACUUCAACUGUUUACUGAUAUUAGUUCUAGUAGUAAUAGUACAUAGUACUGUUGUCAUCCUGAAACUUUAUAACAGUAUGUGGAUGACGAGCCUCUGUUACCUGAACAGUUGUUAGAAGUGGACGGAACAGGAGGUAAUUUUUGAUUCAACCAAGUCAAAAAGUUAAUCCAAAUCUCCAUCACACUACACUAACUCAAAGAUAGGUUGUCUUAUCCUCAUGACAGAUGAUAUCUCAUAGUUAAUAUUAUUAUCUGUGUGCCAAGAAACACUUCGUGACUAAAGAAAUCACUACUCAGUGUUUCAAAAUUUCAAGUGUGUAGCCAGUCAGAUAACUUUAGGAUGACAUCCAUAAUAGACUAAUACUCUGUCAUAGUACAUCAAGAUGAUGAAUCGAAAGUAACUUCAGUCAAUACUGAAGAUACUUGGUUGUCAACCAGCAAGCCAGAAGAAAAUAGAGCCCUUAUUGAACCGGUUCUGGGGAUUAUCCAACUAUGACUAUUUAAGUUUAUUGACCAUUGAUGGCAUUGCAAAUUAGAUUCAAAGUCAGGUGGAGAUAUUGGAAGCACAAUGGUACCAAACCAAUGAAACAUUCAGUUUAUGUGACAAGGUCUACAUGGAGGUCAACUAUAAUCACAUUGUAGCUGUAGUCAAAAAGAACAUCUUUAGAUAUUAGUUUCUUUGAUUCAACUACAGCUAAUUAUCCUGUCAUUGAUCCUGAUUCUUUGCUAACAAUGCUAGGAGUGAUUUUCGAAAAGUGAUAAAUUAUAAACUUGGGGUGUUUUACAGAUUUUAAAAUAUUACUUUUACAAAUUAUCUUCAAAUAAUUUUUGUUAAAAAUUUGGUUUAAAAUUCUAAAAAAAACAUUUACAAAAAAUACAUUCAUUUCCCUUUAAAAUGAUGUACAACACUGCAGGUCUGGCUUUUACAAAGACUCUGUUUUGCUAAAAUGUGUAUAAUUUUUUUUAAAAAUUGAAACUUGAAAAAAAUUGGAAGAUUUAUAUUUUAUUGAAAUAUAUUUUGUCAAUUGGUUCACAAAUCUUUUAAAUAACCAAUAGUAAUUUGACAUUGGUGAAUUGUUUUUUUAAUAUUUUUUUUUUGUUUGUUCUGUUGAUAACAAUUUUUUUUUUAAUAGUCCAAAUUUAUAUCAAUUUUUUCAAAGUCAUUUUAUAGAAAAUUGUAUUCAAUUUACUAUACAAUGAUAUUCAACUGGGGGUCUAUCUCUUAUGUUAAUCUCAGGAUUUAGAUUUAAGUUAACAGUGGUCUUGUUUUUGUUCUGUUCUAAAAUUGGUUGGUAAAACCUUGGAAAUACUCCCGGGAGUCAAAGAGUUAAUAUUAUUCAUUCAUUUAAAAAAAACGGGGUUUUCACUAUAAUAUAAUUCACACUUUAAGGCUAAAGAAUAUUAUCAACAAUAAUGUUUAUCAUUAUUUAUGCAACUUAAUAAUAAGUCCUUACCAAUUUAACACUAACAGUAAUGAUGUUUCUGUAGAUUUCCUGUGAAAAUAUAAAAAUAUAAAUUUUUGAAUUCUCUUUCAGUUUUUGGCAUCCUCUAAAGAAGACUUGCAAGCUUGGAAGGAUGCGAUUCUAGCAACAAAUAAUCACACAGCUGACAGCACUGAUGGUACAGAUGAAAAUCAUAUCGAUGGUGAGUUAUUGUAAACGAACUGCUUUAAGUUUAAGUGGAGCUAUCAAACCUUAUUCUGACUUUUUAAUUUUCACUAGUUUGUUAAUAUAUUAUGGUUUGUGCUCUAUGAGCUAAUUCAGGGGUCGGCGACCUAUUUUGAGUGCAGAGCUACUUACUAAAUUAUAUCUACUAAGAAAAGAUCUAGGGAGCCAUAGCGGGGGCAAGUUUAAUAAUGAAAAGAGAUACAUUUAUUCAUUCAAAGAGCAGCAAAAAGCUGCUGACAGCUUAAGACUUAACAAACUGAUUGGUAUUGUUUAUUUUUCCUUGCUACUUUUUUGGAAGAGAUGAUACCUUUUUUUAUGGAAUAUUAUUAAUAUUUGUUCAUUGUACAGUGCAAUGUAAGCAACCUGCUGUAAUGGGAAUUUGUAAAUAAUGCCGUCAUGGUGUGGCUCCUGAAAUUUCCUAUAUUCAUUCGAACAUGAAUUGUGUUAACAAAUGACAUGAAAAAAAAAGUGUAAAAAAAAUAAAUAUGUUCAUACAACACAAUAGAAAAUGUAAUGAAGCUAGUCUACACCGCAUAGCUCAUUAACCACAAGAGAUUAAACAAAAUUGUUUGUUUUUUUGUUUUUUUAAAAGAAGAAAUCACUCUCUAUUUAAAAAUCCCAACUUUUUUUUACAUGGAAUAUUGCAAAAUACCCCAUUAAAGCAACCUAGCAAUUAAUGCAAUCUGGUUUUAUGGGCCCCAAUUAUGGCAUUAUAGCAGGGUUUCACUGUGUUAUAUUUUGCAGCAAGAUAGCUCAGUACCUCCGACUUAAAUGGGCAUUUAGUCAUUAUGAUAAUAUCUUCAAUGAGCCUGUUUAUCCCACAGUUGUGGGCAGGUAGAAUGGGAUUGUGGGCAGGUAGAAUGGGAUUGUGGGCAGGUAGAAUGGGAUUGUGGGCAGGUAGAAUGGGAUUGUGGACAUUAAGUUUACUGGGAUUUAAAGCUGACAGUCUACAUGAUUUUCUACUAUGUCUUAUUGGCUGUAGCGCACAGCAACCCACGUUUUAAGAAUCAGCAAUGUUCAUAAGUGAGUUACAACAAUAAAAAUGACUUUCGAGUUGAUGGUUUUUUUUUAGUUCUUUUUCCUGAUAACUGAAAACAAUUUUUUUUUCUCCAGAAAUCUAACGAUCAAAAAAUAAAAUAAAUGUUUUAUUUUCCCCUCAAGAUAUUUAUGAGGAAUUCACUGAGCCUGUAGCCAACAAAAAACCUGCCAUUGCUACGGAGGAUCAGGAUGAAAUCUAUGAUGAUGCUGCCACAGAUGCACCUAGCAAAGUUACGGCUAAUCUAUCUCCCGUUACCCCCAAGGAGAGAUUACCCCCGGUGCCUCCUGAAGCUGAAGACGAUGACCUGAUUUAUGAGGCAGUUAGUGAAAUGCAAGCUCCGCCCCCGGUCAGCUCCAUGAGUCCAUCUAUAAAAAAACCAGUGCCGUCCUCCCCAACACCUCCUCCUCCCAGAUCUCAAGAUUUACCCCCUGUACCCAGCACCCCAAGAUCUGGCUCCAUUGCUCCGCCCUUGCCCAGCCCUCCCGCUGAUGCUGUUAUCCCUCCCCCCUUACCUAGUAGGAACGCUCCCCUUCCCCCUCCUCCCAAAGAACCUUUACCAGAAAUCCCAAAAGCUAAAGGCAAAACCUCCCCAGCCCUGGCCAAGAUGACGCACCCACCCUCAGAGGAUUUUGAGAACAUGUUUUACAGUCGCUGGAAAUGUGAUGGGUCAUCUACCCAUGAGCUCAGCUUUAACAGAGGAGAGAUAAUCCAUGUCAUUAGCCGGGACUUUGAAGAGGACAACUGGUGGGUUGGUGAGCUUGGUGGUAAAAUUGGUCUGGUGCCUAAAACCUUUCUCACUCCUGCUUAUGAGCUUGUUCACUAAGUUGGAAGGGGUUUCAUUUAUGAACUGUGUUUUUUAAAUUGAUCACUAGUUGAUACAGUGGACAGAACUCUUUCUAAAUCAGCACUCACCUGCCAAACUUCACUGGGAGAGUUGCUCUUUCAAAAUCACUUACUUUUAAAUAUUACCAUUGUUAAUUCCAAAACUUUUAUGUAUAAUUUAAGACAGCCAGUAUUUUAAAAAAAACGCAGAUCAAAUGUUAUAUAUAUAUAUUUUUUUUUACAAAAGUUUUUUUUAAAGGAAGUAUUUUUCACUGUGCACAUAUUGAGAUUGGUAUCCAUGUCAAAGCCUUAUGUAACUUUCAUCAGUAUUUGUAUUAGAUAAAAAAUCAAUAUUUUUUUGUUGUUAUUGAAUAGACUAUAUAAAAUCUUAAACUGAUGGAUGGAUAAUUCAUUAAAAAAAAAAAAAAAAAAAGUUUCAAUAAUUUUAUUUUUUACAUUUUGAAUUUAAAAGAAAUAUUUAUUUUAAAACAUUAUUUUACUAGUGCCUUAGUGAAUAAACAUGUUAAGCUGAAAAGGAAUAAAAGCAAAUGCUUGCAUGCAUUUGAUAAUUUAGCUCUUUACAACUUCAUUAAGAAUAAUAUUGCAACCUUUAUGGAUUUUUUUUGGUUGUGUUUAACAACAAACACAAAAGAGUUUAAAAAAGUUUUAAAAAAAUGGAAUGAUACACCAUGAUUAGAAAACAUUAAAUUUAGAUAAUCUUAAAAUGACAAUUCAUUGAUUAACAAUAAGUGCAGAAAGUUUUAAUGUUAAUUAUUUCCUGACAAGGAAUGCACAGGACCCAAAAAGAUAAAUUAAUGCCAUGCUAGCAGUGAAAGUUUUAAAAUAUCAAUCUUUAAUAUUAAUAGUGUGUUACUAAAUGCAAUCAAGCUGCUGUUUAUAAAUUAUUUAUUUGACUCAUUAAGAAACAAACCUCAGGUGUACUAGCAGCACAAAUGCUAUGCAAUUACAUUAAAUCUACUGUGUUACAAGUGAUACAUAUUUUAACAAUUAUUCCAAAAGGAGUGCUCACUGCUAUUAUAUAUUUUUUAUUAGCUUUCUUGAAAAUGUGAUAAAAUGUUUAAGGGGACUUGACCAAAGUAAUUGUUUUAAUAAAAGCCCUAAGAGGAAAUAAUAUCUGAAAAAUUGUAAACGUUAUCUAAUUAUUUUAUUUCUUUGUUUCACUUUUUAAACCAAAGAAACAAUUCUUUAAUUUGUUUUUAAGUGUUAGUGAAAGAUCAGAUUAGAAUUGGAUGUAGCACUAUUGUUUUUGUUUGAGGGUAAGAUGACUAAAAAUAAAAUGGAAUGAAGAACUAUUAUUUUGUUUGAGGGUAAGAUGAGACUAAAAAUAAAAUGUAAUCUAUUACUAUUUUGAAUAUAAUAAUCUAAUUCAUAUUUAUUUGUUAAAUUAUGUUAAAAUUAUUUUAAUUUACCAUAAUUUAUAUUUACCUUUCUUUUUUAUGAUCAUGUUAACUAUAACUCACCAAGUCGAAGUGAACAUCAAUAUUCCAGCAACGAACAACAAACUCCAAUUCUUAUAGCUAAACUCUGCAACUAUUCAUGAUUGCAACUGGUGUCAAUAAUUAUUUUGGUACAAAAUGUUAACUAUUGGAUUUACAGAUAUAUUUAUUUUAUAUAAUAAAAAGUCAAUAUUUUAGUGAAUAAUGUUAGAUAUUUCUUUAAAAAAUACUAAAAUAAAAAAAUUAAAUUGCUUGCACACUCAUCAUGGAUCUGUGAUUUAUUUUAAAAGAGUUCUAC